GCCCCGCCCAAGCCUGCAGCGAUGCACGGUGUUGUUGUGACCGGGAGGGGCCGUGCCCGACCCCGCCAGUUCCCGCCUCCUCCUUCAGGGCCGGGCCCCGCGCAGCGGGCCGUGCCGGGCCGUAUGGAGGAGCAGCUGCUCCGCGCUUUGGGGGGGCUCAGCCUGCAGCCCCCGCCCCGCCGCUCCCCGCGGCGCUUCGGCAAAACUCUGGUGCUGCUGCGGGGCCUGCCGGGCUCCGGGAAGAGCACGCUGGCCAGACAGCUGAAAUGUGACUAUCCCAGUGCUGUAGUUCUUAGUACUGAUGACUUCUUUUCUAGAAAUGGUGUGUAUGUGUUUGACCCUGACUUCCUAGAGGAUGCACACAAAUGGAACCAAAAGAGAGCACGCAAAGCAAUGAAGAAUGGGAAAAGCCCGGUUGUUAUUGAUAAUACCAACAUCCAUGCUUGGGAAAUGAAGCCAUAUGUGAUGAUGGCACGUGAAAAUAGGUAUGAAGUUAUAUUCCGAGAACCAGAUACGCCCUGGAAGUUCAAUGUUCGAGAACUGACGAGGUACAUCUUUUUCCCUUUGCUACAUCAGGCUGCUUCUCACUUACGUGCUCUGAGGAAGAAAAAAUAUCCACGGUGUCCCUCGACAAAAGAUACAACAGAUGAAAGAAGAGUAUGAGCAUUAUGUUACCUUCCACAGCGUUCUUCACUCUGAAAAACCAAGCAGAGAAGACCGAAGCUCCCCUGACCCAUAUGCAGCCUAUGGCCUGGGCGCCUGUGCCAAUCCCCCUGCAGCCUUCUCAAGUAGAAGACCUCGCAUGGCACGUACAGACAACCCAGUGUUUUACUGAGGAGGUGCAUUCCUCUGUGUGUGCUUUCAUCAUCAGGGUAUAACAGUCUCUAGUUUUACAGUUUUUUUCUAAACUAUUUUAUUCUUCUAUUUUUCUACUACUUUUCUAAAUGAGACUUUUACUUCUGAAGUCAUUAGAUCACUCAGGUUGGAGUGACAUUUAAGACCACUGUCCCUUCUACAAACUGUACUACCUCUUGUCUCUUCCUUUGCUGAAAUUCAUUCAUGCUCAUGGCGAAAUGUGUUACUGGCUGAGCCUCCCAUUUGUUUUUCCUUCAUCGCUCUUUCACUUACAGGUAACACCAAACAUUCCUAGAUUCAUGUGGCCAAUUCCUUCUCUGUGCAGUGGUCAUCUGCUAUUUUAAUACUUCAUGAUUUUACGCAUCUUAUCUGAAGCAUUGCUUCUAGCUUUAAGAGAGGUAAAAACACUAAGAUACAGUAGCAAGAUUUGAUCUUCUGCAUCUACGCAUCUGCUGCCUGGAGUCAAGUCAUGCUGUUCUUACCUUAGCUCUAAUACACCCAAACAGCAUCUCCAGCAUCAAGAAGAAAAGCUUGAAUACACCAAACUGUGCCCUUAAUCUUGCAAAGAGUUGGACUGCGAGAGGAGGCAAUCCUGAAAGGAACACGAGCAUUAGGUGAGCACUCAUUAGCUUUGUGAAGGAACAGCAUUACAGAAGCAGCUCUAAAUAGCUGUAGCCAAGGCUACCAAGUACCUGCCUGGCCUUGGAAGUACAAGCUGUAUUGCACUAAAUAACAACUUAAGAAAGGGCAGGGAGGGAGAGUGGAAGGGAAAAGUGUUUCUAUGGGAGAAAUUAACUCCUUCCACUGUGAAGUGGCUGGAUGAGGAGAAGCAGCCAUCCUGCAGGAGUUUUAUCUGUAUUUUUAAACCCUAGUGAUAUGUGCUUAUCAAGAAGCCUCAUGAAAUGAGAUGCUAAAACUCAGCUUUAGUAAUGGUAGUUUUUUAAAGUAGGUACAGAACAUCAGGCAGUAGUAAUAAAGCAGGAUGGUAGCAAGCAAGCUGCUUUGCAGUAGGAAAUGAAGGCAGCUCACCCUGGACAUUAGGAAACAUGGGGGUAGCUAUGAUUCAUCUAGCAGUUCAGUGGUCAGAGAACUGUAAGGUGUAAAGGAACACAUUUUGUAUGGCAGGGUAAGAGUGAGGCUGCCUGUAGGACUCUAUCUAUUACUAAUACCUUUGUAUGUCAUUCUGCUAUGAAUCAAACUUUCAUCAUUAUGGCUGCUUUCUAAAACCUUUUUAAGAGCUAUACAGAAAGUUUUAAGGAAAAAGGUACAGAACUGUGCCAGAAUUACAGAGGAAUAUUUCAGAAUAAAACUGCUGUAAUUGGUUACAAUAAACUUGGAGAAUUGUUAAUUUUGCCCUGUGUUACUCCCGCAGCCAAACAACUACUCUAAUGCUAUUGGGGAUAACGAAACUGCUCAAGACUGAAACAAAGGCGCUACUGUAAUUUAAGAAUAUAUCAGAAUCAAAGUAACGGGUUAUAAAACCUUCAGCCACAGCAAUGCUAUUGUACACUACGUUUGUGCCAGAAAUGUACCAUUAUUCAACUCCGAAUUAUUUGCUUUGCAGAUGAAAUGCCAUUUCAUGAAUUUUGUAAUGUAACUUUAUUACAAUCAGGCUUUAAUGUACAAAGUAAAAACAUUUAAAUUUGAAAUAUACACAGUACUGUA